AGUAGGCUUCAGCCAUGGAACGUGUUCAGGUCACCCCGCGGAGUUUUCCCACAAACCUCAUAGAUAAAGACUGGGUGAACCGCAAACAUUUGUAUAAAACUAACUCAGAUCACUUUCUUAGUUUGGUGCAUGACAUGAAACUUAGAGACGAUGAUGUUUGGGUAGUAACUCUGCCAAAAUGUGGAACCACCUGGAUGCAAGAGUUAUCGUGGCUGCUGCUCAAUAAUUUCGAUUUUGCGGGAGCAUUGGCCAAGGAUCAAGAGCUACGAAGUCCAUUUCUUGAGUUUGGUUUCUUGUUACUUGAGGAUGUACAACAAUCUUUCGGGCCUAUCGAGGAAUUAAAAUCUCCGCGACUGAUUAAAUCACAUCUUCCCCUGGCUCUACUUCCCUCAAAACUUUGGGAGCGAAAGCACAAAGUGAUCUAUGUGUUCCGGAAUCCCCUAGAUCACUGGGUAUCUCGAUAUUAUCAUGGUGUGACAUUUGGUGUUUAUUACGGCAAAACUUUACAUCAGUAUUUUGAUGAGGUCAUAGCCUCUGAUGAUUUUGCAACAGAGAUCAUUGAACACGCACAUGAAUUCUACCAACUGAGAAACGAGCCCUGGGUCUUCUAUACUAGUUUUGAGAGAAUGAAGAAAGAUCUGCGAGGAGUGAUCAAUGAAGUCUCCAGAUUUCUAAACAAACCCGUUGACGAACAACAAAUGGAGAAGCUUCUCAAGCAUUUGUCUUUUGAAGAAAUGAAGAAGAAUCCAACAACGAAUCAUCUAUGGGAGUUAGCCCAAAUCAAACACAUAAAUGCUCGCAAAGAGCAGCACCCAUUUGUGCGACGAGGAAAUGUUAAUGGCUAUAAGGAUGAGUUGAAGCCCGAACAAAUUGAGAGGGCCAACAUCAGUAUACAAAGAAUUCUCGAAAAGAAAUCUGUGACAAUGGACGAACUGCUGCUCCAGAAUGAUCAUUAAAAUAUAGAUGAGACUAAUAGUAAAAAGCAACUGCUAAGCUGAAUGAAUUAAAGUUUAUAAACAAGACAAUAAA